GAAGUGAGCAGGCUCCGACGCAUACAGGGAAGACUAAACCCCUCAUCAACCUGGGACAUUUCAUAUUCAAGUUGUUGUGAGAUGAUGCACCAGAGAAACAAACAGCCAUGUGAAAAGAACAAUGGGCUAUGUGAAAUGCCAAUUUUGCAAAGAAACCGAAUUUUGCCUACCAAAUUGGAUCCACUCCCAUGGAGAGAGGGGCAGCCUACAUGGACAUCCAAGUGUCCAAAUGCCUGUGAUUAGAUACGACUGAACCAGUUCACCCUCCUCUCCCAGUCCGGUGUGAGUCAGGACAGUCAGGCGUCUGGACUGGACUGCAGCCCUCCUACACUGGGCGUGCACUGGGUCCGUGGGCAUUGAGUCCAUUCUGCCACUGCGCCCCUCGUGGAUGACAGAGUCUGAAGAGCCUUCUCCUGUCUACUUUAGCUCUGCCAUCUCUGUUUUCUGUCCUCUACAAUGGAGGGGGUAACUGUGGACAACCUCAUUAACUUUGAUAUCCCUUCAUGUUCAGACGAUACAGCCCCCUUAUUUGCAGGUCCUCCUAGUGGGGCGCUGCUCCACACAGACAUUUUCUCCUCUGAGCCGCUGGUCCCAGAGCCUGCCUCCAUGGUUCCCCUGGAGCCACUGUUGCCUGAGCCCCUGGCCCCCAUGCCCAGCUCCCACCACCAUUGUGGGGGAGAGGACGGGGACAGUGAUGCCACAGAGUCGGCAGACAGUGAGAAUGACAUGGACCCACACUCCCAGCAGUGGAACUCCAGGCGCUCAUCCUCCUCGUCCAAUCACAGUGCAGAGGUCGGGGGAGAGGCAGCGGAGAAUCAGGCGUUCAUGAAGACUUACGUUGAGAAGGUGUUUCAUGGAAAGGAGGACUUUGACCAGGAGGAGAAGGCUCGCUUUGGGGAGCUGUGUAGUGGAGAAAAUGGCAAGGGCAGGGAGUGGUUUGCCAGAUACGUCAGUGCACAGCGCUGCAACUCCAAGUGUGUGAGUGAAGCGACAUUCUACAGGCUGGUGCAGUCUUUUGCGGUUGUUCUUUUCGAGUGCUAUCAGAUGGAUGACUACAGUCCAGCUAAAAACCUCAUGACCAUGUGUUUCACUUACUACCACACUGGUAAGUCCCAGCUGUCCCCCACUGAGCUGCUGCAGCAGCCGCCUUUAGCCAUGGACUCCUACCUGAAUAAGGCGAACUCCUGGCUGUCUGGCAAGAAGGACGCAGCCGAGCGGCUCCUGAAGAACUCCUCUGCUGCCAAGACGGACGUCAAAGGCUUCUUUGGAGGCCUGGAGAGCAAGUUGAGGGCGUCCGCUCGAAAGAAUGAGGAGGCAGAGAGUCCAGUCGAGGUAAAGCUCAAAUCACCAGUGUCCUCCGUGCCUCCAGAGAAGAAGAAAGUGGAGAACGAGAAGGUGUACCUGUACACACACCUGAAACAGCAACCCAUCUGGCAUACAUUGAGGUUUUGGAACGCAGCGUUCUUUGAUGCAGUCCACUGUGAGAGGAAGAAGAGGUCACCUACCACCAGGGGGACGGAUGAGGAGGAGAAAGAGGAGAGGGAGAAAUGGUGUCAUAUGACCCAGGAAGAGAAAGAUGACAGCUCCAAAGUCGACGAGAAUAUUGCCUUUGGCCAACUGGGGACAUUCACUCACAACAUGCUGGCUUUUGGGCUCAGUAAGAAACUCUGCAAUGACUUCCUGAAGAAGCAGGCAGUCAUUGGGAAUCUAAAUGAAGAGCAGUACAAGCUGUUGAGCGACCACAUUGAGCAGAUGGCCACGGAGUGAGUGGCAAAGAAUGACACGCUUCAACCUCAAAGACUACUUAGUACACUAUCAACAGUAAUUAGCUGAAGCUACCAAGCCCUCUGUACCCAACACCCAGUAUAUCUCCUCCUCCCUCUCUAGUGUUGUGAAGGCUCACCAAUAACUCCGUAUUCCAUCAAUAUCGAGUACAGUAAACUCCAAUCACAUAUUUCAGUAAAUUCUCCAUAACCUGCAACAAUAACUAACACAAAAGCUUUUAUCAGAGUAAUAGUAAACCUGCACCUGCAUAGUCAAUAUUCCAGCUUCACCAACCAACAUACUGUAACCUACCCUCUCCUGGGCACUGUAAACAAGGACGUUCACCCUAUUACAUUUACAUUUUAGUCAUUUAGCAGAUGCUCUUAUCCAGAGCGACUUACAGUUAGUGAGUGCAUACAUU